AGAAAACUGGAUGGACGUUUUCUUUAAAUUAAACUACUGGCGAUGAAUGGAUUGGGAUCUGUUUAACAUAGCUAGCUGUGAUUGUGACGCUAACUAACCGCUAGCAGCUGCUUGUGACAUCAGAGGCCUGACUGACAAGCUUCUGUCACAACCUUCUGACUUUGUACUUCUCUUAGCACACUUUGAAACAGCAACACUCACACUCCAGCAAAUCUAAGAAAACAUAUCUAUUUUUAGUAUUAAUCAUGUAUUUAUAUACUUAAUCAGGUGUGGAUAUCUACAGGAGUUGUGUAUCUAUGAAGACCUACAAUUAUUAGUUCUGAGGAGGUGGUCCACCAUCUCAGCACCUUCAUGACGUCUCUGGCCCGAGGGGUGGCCGAGGAGAUCUGCCAGCUUUUCCAAGAAUGUUCUUCUCUGCUGCACUUAGAAGUGACGCAGGGCGAAGCUGAGGUGGAGGAGCUGAGGAGGAGGCUGGAGGUAGCUGAGACUGAGCUGAGUCUGCUGCUGACAGGAGGCCACAUGGAGGAGGAGGGGGAGGAAGGAGGAGGAGUCACCGGUACAGAAGGAGAGAAUGCUCGCUCCUCGCAGCGCUCCAGGAGGAAGCGAGGCAGAGCUGGUAGCCCCGCUGGGGUCAAGUGGUCGCCCAUUGUUCACCUGUGGAAGGGCAGAACCUACGAGGAAAGUGUCCAUCCAGCACCAAUGGAAGACACGUGUGUUAAGCAGAGGACGUCGCAGCAAGGAGAAGUCUCAGACCCAGACUACGAGCACGGUGAUCCAGACUAUCAGCAGGAAGAUGCCAGCAAUGCAGGCCACACAAGAACAUCCAAAUGCGUCAGAGCGCGUCAACGCUUGCACAGGCGUAAGCUCACGCACAGCUGCCACUUCUGCCACAAGAGCUUCAGCAUACAUGGCAACCUGCAGCGCCACCUGCGCAUCCACACAGGAGAGAAGCCCUUCAGGUGCGACAUCUGCGGCAAGAGCUUCAACCAGGCCGACACACUGAAAGGUCACCAAAGGAUCCACACGGGCGAGCGGCCCUUCAGCUGCGACACCUGCGGCAAGGCCUUCAUCCAGAAGAGCGCCCUGAAAAUGCACCAGAAGUCAUCCCACGCCGCCACCAAGUCGCUGGCCUGCGUGGCCUGCGGCGCUGCCACGGCCUGCGUGGACUCGUUGCGUGUCCACCUCCAGACGCACACCACCGCCGUCCCCUGCGAGUGCCUCCUCUGCGGCCAGCGUGUGGGCUCCAUCAUGGAGCUGCGCUCGCAUCAACAGCACCACACGGUGGACAGGCUACACACUUGCGCCCUGUGUGGGAAGAGCUUCAAGUCGUCCAGUUACUUGAAGGUUCACGAGAAGAUACACAGUGGCGAGAAGCCCUUCUCCUGCGACAUCUGCAGACGCGCCUUCACGCAGCACAGCAGCCUCAAGUCACACAAGGCGGUGCACACAGGCGAGAAGCCCUUUGCUUGCAAGGCGUGUGGGAAGUGCUUCAGCAACACUGGCAACCUGAACCGGCACCAGCGCAUCCACACGGGCGAGAAGCCGUACAGCUGCGACGUGUGCGGCCGCAGCUUCAACCAGGGCAACAGUCUGAAGGCCCACCAGCAGAUCCACACGGGCGAGAAGCAGUUCAUGUGUGACAAGUGCGGCAAGGGCUUCGCCUACAUGAGGAACUUAAAGGACCACAAGUGCUUCUACGUGUGACCCCCGUCUACGCUCCACACACCCAGGCAGGAGCACGUUGAUGUGAACUUUGAUGGUUAAAUGGCAACUUGGAUGGAAACCACUUCAUCGUCACUUUUUAAAUACUAUACCGAAAGACCUUGUGAUACUCUCGGGUACUGGUGCGAGUGUCCAAAAAGUUAGGAUGAUAGCUAUGAUAACUAGUUUUGCUUGUGUGCAUUUGAAGAAGUGGUCCACUGUUAACAUACAAAGCUUUAAAAAAUAGACUGCAACGUUAGUUUGUUUCCUAAUGAGCUCCGGGAAGCUUGUGGUUGAUGACUGGUCCAAGCAUGGAGCCUUUGGAACCCCAAAACUGACUUUUGUAUUGACUCAAGUGACAUGAUUGAUUAUGAAAGGCAGGUUAGUGUGAAAAGGUUCAUGUAUUGUGAGCAAGUCCCAAGUAAAUAGUAAAUAAAUAGAAAGUGUGAAGGGUAUGCUUUGGUCCCACCAUGCUCUUUAAACCCCAUUUU